GCGUCCGGGAUAUGCCUGCAUAAAACAUGGGUGGAAUAGGAAAACUUGUGACAUUGCUGCUGUUAGCAUCGCCUAUAGCCUUGACAGUGGGACAAUUGUUGGAUUGUGACACCAGCAAUGGAUGGUUUUACUUGGGAGGUAGUAAAUGUUACAAAGUAUUCGCGGGGAAUAACCGAAGAGCCUAUGCCAGGGCAAAAGAUAUAUGUGUGAGCUAUGGAUCUCGACUAGCAACAAUCAAAGACCAGUUUGAAUCUGACAGUCUCGGUAGUAAAGUCAGUCAGCUUGUUCCAGAGAGUGAAAGGCCAUUUUAUAUUGGUCUCAAAAGAGAGCUAAGGGACACCUGUGUGGCCUGCAAAGAGCUCAGAUGGAGUGACGGAUCAGCAGCCUCGGAGUUGCAGGGUUUCUGGGGAGACAACCAGCCCAACGAGGACCUGGGUGACUGCGUGCACGUGUACAAGAAUGAGGAGACCUACGUCUAUGAUCGACCCUACACCUUCAGCUAUGGCAACUGUGACGUGCAGAGGUCAUUUGUCUGCGAGAGAAUGGCUGCACCUACCGGAAGUUUCCACUGUUUCCAAGGAGGUUAUGUCAGGCAGAACCAAGUAUGUGAUGGAAAUAGCGACUGCAAUGAUGCAUCUGAUGAACUUAAUUGCCCCAGCAGAUGUCACUUUUACCAUAAAGAGUUGACUGGUGCAAAUGGCACUCUGGCUUCAUUUGUUUACCGGAAUGCACAGACAUGUACAUGGGCCAUUGAGACUGCUGUUGGGACCAAUGCAUUUGUGGAGCUGAGGGACUUUACCAGUGAAGAGUCGGCCGACAUUGCCACCAUAUAUGUGGGAAGUCUAGACCCAACCAGAGCCACAGUUGUUGGCCAGCUAUCAGGCACUGUAGGGACACGGCAGUUUAGAAGCUUCAACAACCUCAUGAUUAUUGUGUUUUCAACAGACAGCGAGAUCACCUUGUCUGGAUUCUCUGGCAUCUACGGAAGUUUGUCGUCAAGCUCUGGGUUGGUGGAGUACCUGACUGCUGAUCAGACGCAGAGGACCUUCACUGUGUCCAAGUUCACCAUAGCAACCAUCACAGGCUUCAUGGGACAGAGGGACUAUGUGCUGGUAAUUAAGACACAGGAACAGUACCAGCUGGGACAGGUUAUCACAGUAGAGGUGGAUGCCUCAAAGGUGGAUGCUUUCCAACUGAAUGAUGGUGACUACAUCAUGUUUUUUGACGGUGACUCUGCUGCAGACAAGGUGCUUGGAAAGCUUUGCAAUACCUGUGAUAAUUACUUCACCGUCCAAUCCACAAAGAACACCAUGUCAAUACUGUUGCGCACUGGCAGGGAUAUUGCUUCGAACUCAAACUUCAGGAUCAAGUACCAGCAAGGCAAGGAAUCCCUGCUUGUAUGA